AUGUUUCAUACCCCUCCAACGAAAGACAGCUGGCAACCAGACACAUCAGUCAAAUUCUCCUACGAUGCUGAACACUCGGAGGUCUUAGAGGAUGCCCAACAUACCGCUGUCAGCUCACAGUCGCUAUCAGAUAAGUCACCCGCCAUUGGAUCGGAGAGACGUGACAGCAAUGAAAGAAUUGUGAACGCGAUACAAGCGACAAGCAAAGACGAGCUUCCAGCUUCUCUUUUAAAGCACUUACAGGAUUUCAUAAAAUCUCUCAGAGAGCCUCGAUAUGCAAAGCCACUGGCUACGUUCGAGAUCGCUGAGCUGUUCCAAAGGUUUUAUACAGAUUUCAACAUUAAAGCAAAUGACUUCACGCAAAGUGACAAAAGAGUGGAGCUAAAAGAGCUUGACAGACCUCUAAACAAUCCUUCAUGCAAGUACAAUCUCAUUGUUGAGCGAUUGCUGUGCGAGAAGUUUUAUUCAUCUGUCAUGUUUCCUAAGAAAGGCGUCCCGAUAGAUGAAUUCGAGAAAAAACUCAACUAUGAUUUUGCAAUCAAGCUUGCAUACCUCAACAGUUUGGACAUCAGCUUUAAAAACUUGGAUAUCCAUCUGGAUAUUGAUGAAAAUUCGUUUGUGGACAAUUUGCAUGAUCGCAUUCUCCCUGAGUUUGAAAUAUUCACGGCUGAGCGCUCUCCUACGCUAAAGUUGAAGCAUCUGUCUCAAGUCCACGCCGAAAUUGACAAACUGAUAAGAGAGCUUAGCAAAAACACCGUACACGAAAUUAAUACGGAUAUUUAUCUUCCUAUCCUCAUUUUCGUUCUGAUCAAACUUGAAGAUCUGCGGACUCAUGCACUCAUUUCUCAAUUUGAAUUCAUUAAGAGGUUUCGGAACGAUUUUAUUUAUGACGGAAACGACGAUGAAAAAGGACAGUUAUUGUACGUCUUCACCAACUUUGAAGCGAGCCUCUCCUAUCUUGCCAGUGUGACUUUGGACAAUCUAAACAUAAGUUUGGAAGAAAGUAUCUCCAAAAUUCCUGAAGAGAGUCGUGACCAGUUUGUCGAUUUCUUGACAAGGCCAUUGGUUUUAGAAUCAAUUGAAGAGGAAAUCAAAAAAAUCCGACCUCUUCCAACACCUUCUCGUCAACCUUCUUUCCUUCUAGACUCAUCUCGGUUUUCCUUGCUGACACCAUCUGAAUUUUUGCCACUGUACCAUGCGGAUCAAGGUAUCCGAAAUAUAAGUAAUGCUGUGGACUCCAGUAUCAAAAGCAUAAUUGGUAGGGUUUCGUGGCUGAAUUCUAUUGGAGCUGCAGAAAACCAUGAUCCUAUUUUGGAGUCCACAAGACAGCAGAUGGAGGAAAACCUGGCAAUACAAUCCGCUGUAUCUCUUCCAAAGGCUGAAGAGUCCAAAAUCACUCCGACUUCAUCGAUUUCCACCAGCGACUCUCGUCAUCAUGUACAUACUGGCUCUGACUUAUCAUUACAAUUAUCGUCACAUUUGGAUCAACCAGAAACGGUGGAAGAUUUGGGAGCAUCCACCAUUACUUCAGCGACAUUGGUUCGCACAAGGUCACAAACAGAUUCCAUUGUUUCGUCACCAAAUGCCCAGGAUAAAUUUAUCAACAAAUUUACCAGCAGUAUGAGCGGAGUGAUGAAGAACUUUCGACCUGUAAGCGCAUCAUCGUCUAGCUCUUCUCUCAAUGUUCACCUGGAGCCCAACGCUUCGAAUAAUGGAGCCUCUCAAAAUGCCAUCAGUCCUUUCAAUACAGGCAGCAACGCUCAGUCAGGAGACAAAAACAAGCCUUCACUCAACAAGAUGCGCAGCCGUACUACAAGUUUGAUAAAUACGGGCUUAUUUAAUCAGGAGUAUUCAAAAAUGGGGAAAGCAGGGCUUCUCAACUCCAUCGAGAACGCGUUUGAAAACGUCAAGAACAGAAGCAGAGGAAGUUCUUUGAGUGAUCAAUUUCAAAACCGUUCUGAAGACCAUCACAGGCUUGCCAACAUUGAGAUCUCUAAAUUGGAUCGCUUUGGCAAUAAGCCAUUCGAACAGCUCACUGUCUGUGAGCUAUCGCAGAUGUAUCAAAACUACCAGUAUAUUUUAAGCAUGUUAAAUAAGGAAGAUAGCUAA